AUGGUGUUUGUGAAUGUCAGUAAAGAAAACAACGGUCAAACUAUUACCUGCAGCGUCAAUUGCUCCAACUUCGAUGUUCAACUAUCGAAGUCGCAUAUAGUACAAGUACCAUAUAAACCGAGUGUUCACUUGUCGGUUCAAGACGAAGUAUUGCUAAAUGCUCAUGACACAACCAGCGUAACUUGCACGGCAAAGAGCCUGCCACAUUCAGAUAUUGUUUGGUCGGUUAACGAAGACAAACAACUCCUCGUUUGCAAUAAGUCCAUAGAAUGUAAGAUUCAUACACUGCCAAUAGAAUCAGAUGAACACAGAAACUAUACAUGCACAGCUUUUUUCGAAUUUGGAGACUAUGACACGAGUGCGACCAUUUCAUUUCUUGCAAUUGGAAGAGCUUCGACACAAAAACCAUAUGAAAUUCCAAAUGAAAGUGAAGAUGCGUCAUUGACCAACAGUAACGGUAUACCAAUAGUGUGGAUAGUCAUUGGUUUGAGCGUUAUUAUUGCGGUUGUCAUUAUUUCAACGGUCAUCGUAUUGGUCAGAAAACGGUUUUUAAAGAAGAAUCAACACGCAAAUUCAAGCGAACCUCAGCCUGUCCAACAUGCCAACGUGCAGGGAAAUGAAACAGUAGAAAUGAACGAAGAGGUUACAUACGCCCAAGUUAACAAAGUCAGGACAAAUAGGACGGAAACAUUGGGGCCUAAAACGAAGGGUUCAGAUACUAACCUAGUGUAUGCAGAUAUAGACAUCGAACAUUUGGAGACGGCCAGCAAACCACCUUCGAGAGAGAGGCCGCCAAGUCCGACAGAAUAUGCUGAAAUUCAUACUAUCAGAACAGAACGUGGAUCAAACAGUGACAAUAUUAUUACCUCAAGUCAGGGAAAAUAAUAAGUUUACAUACGUGCCAAUAAGCUGAUGUAUUCAAAUAUAACAUAUUUCUGAAUAUUAAAAUUAUUAAUUGAUUUAAGUCAUAAAUCAAUCUGAGAAAUGGCAUUUACCAUUUGAUUUACAUUAGGUAAAUAAGACAUGUGUAGGGAAUUUCAGCGAAAUCAGUCCCACUGAUAGCAAUAUUUUAAGAGUUUUAAGAUUUCCAAACAAAUAAUAUGUAUAUACAUGAUUAUACUAUUUUACUUUAACUCGAUUGUGAAGACGUUGCUUGUUUAACUUGUUAAAAGUAUUCAGUUUUGAUUUAUCUUAAUCAAACUUAUAAGUGGUUAAAGAGGUAAAUUUCAGUUUAAAAAAGACAACCUGUACUUAAGAGAAUGCAGUGGGGGGUUUUUCUUACCUUUGGUAAAAAGUGUUGAAUGAUUUUUAGCUCUACAACCCAAGGGCCAGAAGAGCUUAUGCCAUGUCGUGGUGUCCGUUCGUCCGUCCGUGUGUCCGUAAACGAUUGCUCAUGAACGCGAAAGUUUUGAGUGUAUCUCAAUCAAACUCAUACAGUUUAAAUGAGACCUCAAUUUCUCUUUUAAACUAGCCAUAUCCGCAUAUGCAUGAGUAAAGUAUGGCCCUUGAAAUGGUAUAGCCCUAGCAGAAGAAUACUCUAAGGGAGGCAAACUGUACAGAGAGUUGUGUAGUAUUGUAGUGAUUCUCUCCUUUUGCCGUCUGUUAACCAUGAGGAUCAUUGAUUGCUUUCCUCUGAAUGUGGGCUCAGCAAAGUGCCUGUAAUUUGUAUAUACAUUAUUUGGGUAAAAACAAAAACACCAAAAAAGUCCAGACGGUGGAGCAUAGGACAUCAUGGGCAUUUUGUUAUACUUUUACUAAAAAUAUAUGGGCGCCUUGUAAGAUGUUUUGUCUUUACCAUCUUUGUAAUGAU